AUGUCUGAGGAAGUCCUUUUCUACGAUUUACCAGCCAAAGACGGCAAGGCUUGGAGUUUGAACCCGUGGAAAACCCGCCUGUAUCUGAACUACAAGGGCAUUCCAUACAAGACGCAAUGGAUAGAAUAUCCCGAUCUGAAGCCAACCCUGGAGAAAGCUCUGCACAAAAGCGGUGUCCCACCGAACGAAACCGGCCUUUACAGCUACACCUCACCCACCAUUCGCCUUCCAAGCGGCGAGUAUUUCAUGGAAUCCCGAAAGAUUGCAUUUGCACUUGAACCCCUUUACAAAGAGCCACCGCUGCAUCUCGACUCGCCUGUUCUGCCACGCGUGGAAACCCUCCUCCCCAAGAUCGUGGAGCGCGUCCGCCCGGCCUUCGCGCCUCUGGUCCCCAAGGUCUUCCUCAACCCGGUCUCUCGGGACUACUUCGUCCAGAGUCGUGAAAAGGGUCUGAAACAGCCACUGGACGAAUUUGCCAAAGGAGCCGAUCGGGGUUUCGAGGAAGCCGCGCCGUACGUCAAGGAAUUGGCUGAUGUCUUGCGCGAGAAGCCCGAAGGCCCAUUCUUUCUCGGAAAGGAGGUCAGCUACGCGGAUUUCUUGGUUGUCGGGUGGCUGCACAUGUUCGUGAGGCUCAGUAUUGCGGACAAGAUUUGGGCGUUGGAGGGUGGCGAGGACUUGAAGGCGUUGUAUGACGCCAGUGCCAAGUGGUUGGAGCGAGAUAGUUAUUGA